AUGUUACUGAACCCAGAUCAGGUUAUUAAUCUAGUUCGAAAUGUUUAUGAGGUUGAUAUUAAACAAUUUUAUUCACAGUUACGACUAAAGAACCUAAGAGGAUUGUUGGAUCAUGCCGCCCAUCUCUUUGAGGUCUACUUGCGGGAUUCCGAAAUAAACCAGGAAAUGGAAGCCCUGACGGCCUUUAUUAUUGGUGGUUAUUACUUGUACCUCGUUAUCCCACAGUCAUUGCAAUUUCAAACAAGAAAUAAUCUCUAUAGCAGCUAUGCUAAGCUAAAAAAUGACUAUCAAGACGAACAGAUAAUGAGCUAUGUGUUAAAAAUAGUAAAGGAGGAAAGUAAUAUGAUCGUCGACCGGUAUUUAUCAGACUCGAAUAGGAUUUCUAGAACCAUUACAAGAAAAAGGGCCUAUUCUUUACCUCUACGACCACUCCCUGUUCAUAUGGCUUCUUUGUCGAUACUUAAUCAAUUGGAGAAUCCAAGACAUGAAACUCCAAAAGUCUCAGCAAAAUCAAUAAAUGAUACUUCAGUGAAGGACAUUCCUGGAGAAAGAAAUCAAGCACAUUUCAGCAAGAAAUUGGGAGCUGAUUCUGAAAGUACAGAGAAUACUAGCAAAGUAUUCUUGUCAAUGCCUUCGUAUUCAAAGUUGAAUACUGGAAAAGAUUUUUUGUUCAAAACCCUAUCGAGUCCAGCAACAGCUCCCACAGUUCAUUCUUUCGAAGUCUCGUCGCAAGUCGAGGACUCAACCGAAGAUUUGUCUUCUAUAUCCAAAGUGGAAAAGCAAAAGGAAGAAGAAGAAAAAGAAGACAUAGAUAAGGAAAGAGAAAAGAAAACUGUACGGUCUUCUGCGCUCAAUAAGCUACCAACGAUUGAAGAUUCAACCAGCUUAUUAUCUCAGUUAUCCAUAACUGGACUACAAAAUCCAUGCAAUACAUGUUACAUUAACAGUAUAAUUCAAUGCCUGUUUGGCACCACCCUAUUUCGAGAUUUGUUUUUAACAAAGAAAUAUAGGUUGUUCCUCCAAACUGAUAAAUAUCCGAGGGAAGUUCAGCUUUCUCGCUCUAUUUACGUUUUAUUCAAGAAAAUGUAUUUGAAUGGUGGAGAGGCAAUUGCGCCAAAUGGGUUCUUGAAAAUGUGCAAAAAGUUGAGACCUGAUUUGAAUAUCCCAGACGACCAGCAAGAUACUCAAGAGUUUUUAUUGAUCAUUCUAGCACGACUUCAUGAAGAACUGUCAAAUGGAACUGUUACCGAGUAUUAUCCUGAUCUCGUUUCUUAUGAUGCUAAUGCGUUUCAGGUCAACCCAUCCAAGUAUCAGAAAUGGUAUGAGGGAAGCGUUCUUACAGACGGUUUAUCUCCGAUUGAUUACAUAUUCCGUGGGCAGAUGGAGAACAUACUUAAAUGUCAGCGCUGUGGUAAUUCUUCCCACAGUUAUUCCACGUUCUAUGUUUUGUCACUUGCAAUUCCAAAAAUAUCUUUGUAUAGUUUUACUAGCAAAUCCAAGAAAAUUAAAUUAGAAGAUUGCAUAAACUUGUUCACAAGUGAUGAAGAAUUAUCCGGCGAUAAUUCUUGGGAUUGCCCUAAUUGUGGGACUACUGAUUUAAAAACCAAAAUAAAUGAAAGCACUAGUCAGAAAAAAAAAUCAACAUUUUUUAGCUUUCAUUCUAGAUCAAGGUCAAAGUCCCCUCAUCAUCAUCAUCAUCAUCAUCAUCACAGCCAUGAUAAUACGGAAAAGCAUUCAAAAAAAUGGAACUCUAGGAAACUAACCACUGUAAAGAGUUCUGAUUUUAUAGUUCUACCUCCGAUUCUUGUCAUCCAUUUAUCAAGAUUUUACUAUGAUCUAACAAGAAAAAAUAAUACCGUAAUAACAUACCCUCUGAUCUUGAACGUCAUUCUGAAAAACAACAAGGUAGUUCGAUAUAAGUUAUAUGGAACAGUAAAUCACAUAGGAAACCUUGUUAAUGGACACUAUACUUCUGAUGUAAAUAAAGAAAAGAACCAUGAAAUUGGCCUGAAUAGACAGGUUUGGAUAACGUUCGAUGACGAUUAUAUCAAACAACAUCACCACGAUGAUUUUGAAGCGGGCAAAACGGAAGUUUCUAGUAGCGAAGUAUAUGUUUUAUUUUACGAAAGAAUGGAUGAAAGCGAAUAUAAAGAAGAAUGUUUUUAA